UUUACAUUUUACAAUUUUUGUAGGAGUCUUUGAAGAUAGCAUAAGCGCUAUUCAGUGCAUGCAAGCACAUCUCAGCACACCUGUCUGUAAUUAAUUACUCUAGCUAGCUUGUUUUUUCUUCCACAGAAUAAUAUAAAACAAAGAAGAAGAAAGAAAUGGUGACUCGGGUAAAAUAUAGGCAAUUUGUCUCCUUAUUGGUGGUUUUGCUGUCUACGUGGGACGUUUUCUUUGCUGGCAAAAGUGUUGUAAAAACUCGGAAAAGCGUCGGACUUGAAAUAAAAUGCGAAGAAGCGGAAGUGAGAAUAGCCGUAAAGCGAGAGUUUUUUGAGGAGAAACGUGUUCCGUUCAAACCUGAGUAUCUUCGACUUGGAGCAAACUCGACACAGCAGAGGUCCUGCGGUGCGAAGGGGCCGCUGUCUGACUCAGAAAUGGUCAUCUCUGCAGGGCUGCAGGACUGUGGCACUGAGGCCAGGGUUCAUGAGGAAUGGCUUGUGUAUUCCAACCAACUAGUACUAUUUCCUGCUGUGGUUCCCACCCCCUCUGGCAGCGUGAUAGUUAGAGGGGUACCCGCUGUCAUACCUGUGGAGUGCCAUUAUAGGAGAAAGCAGACUGUGAAUGGAGAACCAUUAACCCCAACAUGGCUACCAAUGACAUCCACCAUCAUUGCCUCUGGUCUUCUGCACUUCUCUCUUCGUACCAUGGCAGAUGACUGCACCUCUCCACGUAGUUCCUCAGUGUAUCAGCAGGGGGAAGCAGUGUUUCUGGAGGCCAGCGUGGAGGCCCCGCGACACCCUCCUCUCACUCUGUAUGUGGAUUACUGUGUUGCUACGCUGAAGCCUGACCCCCUCUCCCUGCCAAGUUACAAGUUUAUCACCAAGCAUGGAUGUCUUAUGGACAGUGUAUUGCCGAUGUCUUCGUCUAAAUUCCUCCCUAGGGAGCAAAAUAACAGGCUAUGCUUCAGUGUUCAAGCCUUCCACUUCAAUCAGGAGUUUGGGGAACAGAUGUUCAUCAGCUGCAACAUCAGGGCCACUCUGAAGCAAAACUCACACAGCCACCUCGAUAAAGCCUGCUUCUUCCAUAGACCCACAUUCAGCUGGCGUGCCACAGAGGGAGACAAUGCUCUGUGUGGAUGCUGCGACUCUGAUGACUGCUUUAGAGAGACUGGAGAGGAAAAUAGUGGACAAACAACUCAAGCACAUACAGAAAAGAAUCACAAGGCGGACACCUCAGUUGGACCACUUCUCACCCUGCCACGCUCCCAUUGGACAGGCCGUCUGUCAAUCAAUCACUAAAGACCUGUUUUCCAACUUUACAGUUAGGUGGGUACAGGGACUGUUGAGACCAAGCUCAAGGGGGUUAGGGAACACAAACAAUAAAGAAUCCAUCACAUAUUGUUUUUUCUUAUGAGUCAUGAAAUUUGGAUGCUUUUUCUUGGCUCUAUUGAUUUAUACUUGGAGGCACCUACAAAACUCAUUUAAAGCUCCUACAUGUUGGAUUUAUUUUUUGAUUACUUUGAACCCUGGAGACCUGCUGCUGUAGUAAUUUACAAUAGCCAUCACAAAAGCUCCUCCAUACACCACUGUUGACUACAGACAGAAAAUGUUGGCAGAAGACAUGAGUCUGCCAUAAUGCAGAUGGAGUAUUAAACUCAAAUACAUGUAUGUAAGUUGGAGAAUUAUUUUUCUCUCUGUCAAUCUAGUCAGUCAUGCAUACUUUGAGGAAGUCGUACCUGACCCUGGGAGGAACAAACACCACUACACUGACCAGUUUUCAAGGUUUUUUUUUUUGUUUUUGUUUUUUUUUUGUACAUAAUACCACAAAGAUGAAUUUGUAAAUGAUGUACAUGUUCAGUCAGGGCUUUUGUCUAUUUUUGUUUAGUUGACUCAAUACUUUAAAUGUCUUCGAGAUGACAGAAAUCCUGUUCAUAAGUGUGUCUCAUCUGAGACAGACCAGGUAUUUUCAUUAUGACUGAAGAAUGGGCAGUUUUUCACUCAGUGAUGCAAAAUUGAUAGCCACAAAAACAAACCCAUGAGGAACAACAAACUACAAUGGGACCUAAAAUAUCUCGGAGCCAACAAGCGCACUAGUAUAAACAGACAUUUGAGUAAGAAUGGGACAGCUACGCGGCAAUGCACUGUAUGUGCUUUACAUCCCCUGCCUGCAAUAGAAACACUUGUCUGGUCCCGUGAGAGGAAAUGAGACCGACCAAAUGGGAAACCUGGUAGAUUUCAUGAGGCGGUGUCUUAUUCCAUGACAUCAGGACUACAUACCUCUCGAUCUGAAAAUAAGCAUCUGUGUUAAUGUAAUUAAUAAUUCCAUUUUAAAGAGGAUCUUUUCAAGACCUAGAAUAUGCUGACCUAUCUCUUGACCAAAAUGAGUUUUAUUUAGAAUGCUCCACAGAUAAGUAAAGAAUUUUGUGAAUGGAAUAGCUGAAAGUGAGCAGUUAACAUCAACUUCUGUUUUGUUGUGCUUAGUCGUGUAGUGCUGUACUGCAAGCCUCUGGUUUGAACAGAUAUGUGACUCGUUACAUUUAGAAAUGGCAAAAAAGGAGGACUUUAGGAUGCAUUUGUUCUGUUUUACUGUGAUAUUAGUUAUCUGAUAUAUUUGAUCCAGCAUGAAAUUGAUCUGUUUUAGACAUCAGUGACUUUUUAUUUUAUGUUUAUUUUUUUAAUCAAGGUUUUUGAUGCUCAGCACUCAAAAAAAUGUAAUAUAUUGCAUAUAAAAUAAGGCUAUUCAUCACAUUUCAAAUUGAGUUUUGGAACCAUUUUAGAUUAA